AUGCCGACCAUACCAAGUGAGAAUACCAAUGCCCCAGCCAUUAUGGUAAAAGAGAAAGGAGCAGAUUUGAUUAAAGAAGAUUGGCUGGACGGUUAUAGAGGACUGAGAGUGUAUGGUGUGGCGGGACUUAGGGCUAUAGACGCUUCGAUCAUGCCAACCAUACCAAGUGAGAAUACCAAUGCCCCAGCCAUUAUGGUAAAAGAGAAAGGAGCAGAUUUGAUUAAAGAAGAUUGGCUGGACGGUUAUAGAGGGUUUUAA